UGAUGAAUUGUGGUCAUGGGUAUCUCCUCCAGCACCCACCUCGACAGCCCCAGGGACACUGACUUGUGUGGCCGCCGCCGGGAACAACAACCAGAGCAGCAUUUAGCCGCAAUCAGCAACGACAAUGGAGCCAGAGGACGUAGCCAUUAUAAUGGUCGUCGCAAUAGUGAAAGUAUAAAUGACGAUAACAGUUCGACAAGCGAUAGAGACUCCAGCAGACGUAGCAGCAGUAGUGAUUCUGACGGAUGGUGCUCACAGUGCACUUGUAGUGAAUGUGGAACUCCACCCACCUCACACCCUCUCCUUAUACCCAGCCCAAUCCUUACGGUACCCGUGAAAAGAGAGAGUUGUACACCACCUGGAGAACCAGAGGUCAGCUUUGUUCAGGAUGACAAACAACACACAGCAAGGCAUGAGGCACCUCACCUCUCCCCUCAGGCCGUCACACGAGACCGGCAGCAAUAUCCUACCAUGGAGAGUGUCUUUGAAGGCACCUGGGACCACAGACACUAUCGACCUCAAACUCUCCCUGCAUCAGUAUGUCGGGCGAAGGAAUCUUCCCUGUACACAGGAGACGCCAGUAGUGUAGAGCCUGACGGGGCGGUGGCGAGUGGGCUUUACAGGGCCAUCAUGGGGCAGUACCCUGAUCACAACAUCAGUAGUGAUCGCAAGAGAAACUUAACCAGGUGGCAGGAUCUGCACACCCGCCACCCAGCACAAAUCUAUACCCAUAUACAUCCCAGCCAUCACAUCCAGUCAGGGUAUUGUACGCAAGGACAUGCAGGACGUCAAGACACCAACAAGAACAAACAUGGCGAUGGACAACACUCACGCCAGGACACCUAUGAGGACAAGCACAUAGACCACACCACCUACGCUUGCAGCCGUGGUGAUGGACAACACACUCGCCCCCGCGGAUCAUUGCUCCACGCAGAGGAAUGUACAGUGCCAUUUGUCUUGGCAUAUGAUGACCUUCUCUCGGGACCAUUUAAAACUUUCUUCGACUGUAGUAUGAAGAUUGGUGGAGAUGUUGCUGCCAUUGCCAAGAUGGUACAGUCUACGUUCAUCAACCAGCGAGCCUUCCUGGUCAUGGCAUCAAAGAGCCAGCGACCAUUGGACACUGAAUUACCUCAGGUGCUAGAGCCUACAGGUAAGAAGAUCCAAGAAGUGAUAGCAUUCCGUGAAUCCAAACGCCAGUCUCCAUUCUUCAACCACUUAUCUGCUAUCUCAGAAUCUAUUCCUGGUCUCUCCUGGGUAGCAGUUGCCCCUGCCCCAGCACCUUUUGUGAAGGAGAUGGGGGAUUCUGCUGUGUUCUAUACCAACAGAGUUCUGAAGGAAUAUAGGGAGAAAGACAAGAUUCAUGUUGAAUGGGUUCAGAACUGGAAUAAUGUCUUCAAGGAGCUACAAGAAUAUGUCAAGAGAUAUCACACAACUGGACUGUCUUGGAAUACUCGAGGGGGGAACGCAAUGGCCAACCUCAAGGCUGCACCAGCCAACUGUGGUGUUCCUCCUCCACCACCAGCUGGCAGCAUCCCUCCCCCUCCCCCCAUGGUGAAACUGGAGCCUAAGGCUGUGGCAGUGGAUGAUGGCCGUUCUGCAUUAUUUGAAUCCAUUAACAAGGGAACAGAUAUCACCUCUGGACUUAAAAAGGUGGACCGCAACGCACCUCGCCCUCAUCCCCUAAGUAAAGGGGCGCGGACAUCACAAACAGUAACAGAUGACAUGAAGACCCAUAAGAAUCCCAGUCUUCGUGAGGGUCCAAAACCAUUUGUAAAGCAGUCAAGUCCACCAAAUCGUGCAUCUCCAGCCCGUGAUGGCCCAACUGGUCGUCCCAAAUUUGCACUAGAGGGCAAGAAGUGGUUUAUUGAAUAUCAGAAUGAUAAACCAGAUCUCAUUGUCAAAGAUGCCAGAAUGGAUCAAUCUGUAUACAUAUUUAGAUGCCAGAACACUGUAGUCCAAGUAAAGGGAAAGGUAAAUUCUGUCAUCCUAGAUUCCUGCAAGAAGUCAUCAGUAGUAUUUGACAACCUCGUGUCUUCAGCAGAAGUUGUUAAUUGCCAAUCCUGUCAAGUUCAGGUAAUGGGUGUUAUGCCUACAAUCUCUAUCGAGAAAACAGAUGGCUGCCAGGUUUACCUAAGCAAAGGUUCUCUUAGCACUGAGAUUGUUACUGCUAAGUCAACAGAAAUGAAUGUACUUAUUCCAAAGGAUGAUGGAGAGUUUGUUGAAUGUCCCAUCCCAGAACAGUUCAAGACUGUUAUUAAUGGUCUAUCACUGACAACCACUUGCUCAGAAAAAGCAGGAUAAAUCAGAAAAUGCAUCAUGCUAAUGCACGAUAAAAUGAACCAUAAACAAUUAUGAGAGGCUGAAGCAAUGUGUGUGAGAGACCUGUCGUAAAGUUGAUGAAAUUGCAAAAAUGUACCAAGGUAAUGAUAAACACUUGAUUGAAAUUUUAUUAUACAGUCAUUUAGUCACUGUUACACUUGUUUCUAUAAAAAGAAUUUUAAUUAAUAUAUGAUUAAAAGUACAUGGAUGAUGGUGAUAAUGUCUUUUGUAGGGAAUUUUUUUUUACUAAAUUUGAGGAAUACAAUUUGCAAUGAUUUUCUCGAGUUGAAAAAAUGGUAAAUUUUAAUUCAGAAAAUCAUGAAUUUUAAAUUUUUCAAGUAAACAAUAUUUUUUAAAAAUUUUGAAUUAGGAAUAUUCUCCCAAAAUUCUUAAUUUUCUGAAUGAGAGUUAACUAGAAUACUAUCAUAUUUUUCAGAUUCACAUUUGUAAUUUUCUAUAAUUUGAACACUGUGGAUCAUAUUAGUCUAAAUGAGCGAGAAGUCACUUGCAGAUAUGACAUUAUUAUUGAGAAAGUUAAAAAAUAUUAAUUUUAUCACUUGACAAAAAUUUUUUUUUAAAUAGUUUAAAGUACUUUGUAUUAGGCAAGGUUAAUUAUGUUAAAAUUGGACUUGUGUGUGUCAUGUACCAAUAUCACGUUAUAAAAUUUGUUGAUUACAUUUCUGUUGUUAAAAUUCAUAUGUAGGAGCUUAUAUAUACUUUUUUUAAAACUUAUUUAAACAAUUCAUAUCUUUAUGGGAAGUUUGUAAGGUUCAGCUCAAAUUUUUAGAGUUUAAUGACAAUAUGCAGGAUGGCUGUAAUAUUAACAUAAGGAUAAAACCUAGGGACUGCUAGAUAAUUAUUUAUAUAUAAAAAAUGCAAGCACUGGUACACUUCAUUGGAAACUUUUCAGUCCUGAGUUUUUGCUCACUCCAAAAGCACACAUGGGUAGGGAAAUAUAAGUUUAAAUACAAAGUAGGGUACCUUAAAUGGCAGUGAAGUUAGAGGGUUGAAAAAUCUUGGCUAACUUUAAAAAUAGGUUGGACAAAUAUGAGAGGGGGGUUGGAUUUGAGAAGGGCCUGCCAAUAGGCCUGCUGCUGUGCCCCUUCAUUAUGCUAUGGGCAUUAUCUGAUGGCUGUAUCUGGUGGUAUGGUAGUCAGAUAAAUAAUGUAGGGGCACUACUGCAUGCCUUACUCAUGUUAUACAGGUCCUUCUCAAACCCAAUCCUCUUUCUCCCAUUUGUCCUACCUGCUUUUGAAACUUCCCAGUGUUUUUUCAACAUCUAAUGUCACUGCCACUGAGUUGCCUUCCUUGUUUUCCUACCCUUGUGUGCAUUGGGUGUGACCAAAAUCCCAAGACAUACAUUUCCAAUAUAAUAUUUGUUUGCCUUUUUCUCUUUUCCAACUUGUCAGUACCACAUACAAUUUUUACCACAAUUAUUUAUCUUGCCAAAUUCUGUUAAGGUGCAAUAAAAUGUGCAUCAAUAAUAAUGAAUUUCUUUAUUAUAGCCACAGAGUGAUGUUGCAUUUCAUUGUUUGACUUGUCUGUUAAGUUACAUUUGUUAAACAGCAUCAUGUAAUAAUAUAUACAUAGUUUAAUAUUAAUCUUCAUAAGAACUUGAGCAAGACACUGAUAGGAGUAUUAUUGUACAACUGUUUGCCACAGAACAUCUUUCAUAGGACAUCUGAAACACUUGGGUAUCUUUGAGGAAACCUUUUGCCACACAUUGGCUUCAUCAGUUUAUACAAAGAAGAAUGCUGAAGAUCAGGAGUUUGAGGUAAUCAGUCUCUCAAUCUUGAAAAGAAUACAGCAUAUGCACAAAAGUGGCUUAUAUAGUGUAGACAAGCGAGGUGAAACAGUCGUAAGCAAUAUCACAGUGGACAAAUCCCUACGUGGAAGUCAGUCAUGCCUGCAGGUUAAGAAUUCCCUGUAUCAAGAUCCCAAGAUGCUGCUGUGUGACAGCAACAUGUUGGUAUCUUGAUAUAGGGAAUUCUUAACUUGCCUAACCUAUGGGGAUUUGUCCACUGUAAUAUUACCUACAACUGCUUCACUUCACCUGUCUACAGUAUAUAAGCCGCCACUUUGCACAUAUGCUGUAUUUUUAAAGACCGAUGGACUGAUUGCCUCAAACUCCUAAUCUUCACCAUUCUUCUUUGUAUACGAAUGAUGAAGCCACUGCAUGGCAAAAUGUUUCUUCAGUAGAGAUACCAAAGUGUUGCACAUCUUAAUUCAUCAACAUCUGAGGAAGUUGGGUACUGAGUGUGUGUGAAGUUCAAGGCAUCAAAUGUUGAACAGAAAAACACUGUAGGCAGGCCUACUGAUCCCUCACUAGGUUUAUAAAUAAAAAGUGGUCUAUGAGUGUGGGUAAAGCAAGCUAUUUGGGUUAGUGUUCAAUGGGUGAUGAUUCAAGAUUCAUAAAAAUUACAGAAUGCAGAGGCAUUACUCUAUCCCAUACCAUGAAAUGGGAAUGAGUGUCACAGUGCUAGAUGUAAGCAUUUAGGUUGUCAACCCUAAAAGCAUCCUUUGGUUUCAUGGCAUGGUAAUCAUCCUGAAGUCCUUGGUCUUGGUGACAAUUGCUAUAUCUGUUGGAUUUUCUUAGGAUGGAGGAAAUUACUGGCAGUUAUCCUGGUGGGCAUUGUGUCCUGGAUAGCAGCCCUCUUGUGCAUGUCAGCCUUCUAUUUACAGUGGAAUAUUGUGGUGUGGCUAGAGCUCUCACUUCACAUGGUAAAUGUCCAGGUUCGAUUCCCGGCGAGGGUAGAAACAUUAGGCGUGUUUCCUUACACCGGUUGUCUAUGUUCACCCAUCAGUAAAAAUGGGUACCUAGGUGUUAGUUGACUGGUGUGGGUCAGUUCCUGGGGACAACACUGACCUAAUUUGCCAGAAAUGCUCUGCAUAACAAGUAGCUUUCUAUAUAGUAGUAUGGCAUUGAUGUCAGCCAGGCCUGUAUACCUUGUACAUGUACUUGUAGAAGUAAUUAUAUUAUUAUUAUGUAAUAUUGUUUUCUUUUGAGCUCUUAAUUACUGCUAAUUCUGAUCACCUGCAAGAACAAGAUCACCACACCUUUCUUAAUUUGCAUAUGAUGAUGUGAGAAGUGUGCAAGUGUCUCCUUAUUGGUGGGCUUCACUACCUCUGGAUGUUUGCCUCACAAAACAAAGUAACUAAUACAGACUAUACAGGAAGUCCACUAAUAAGGACGGCCUCAUACACUUCUUUUCACAUAUUGGUCAUUUAGGAUCUACAGUAAAUCCUAGCAUGCCAAAAAUCAGCAUCAAGACCAUAAGGGACUCAGGAAGACUCCUAUAACUAACAUGAAACCAAAGGUUGCUUUUGAAUCCUCUUCAAGGCAGGAUAAAUAUCAGAGCUGGAACAGGUGCAAGAGAUUGUUUAUGGCAUGCAUAGAGCCAAUAGAGCAUUUAAAUUACUGGAAAUGCCUGAAAGUCUUAAACAUGUACUCAAUGGAGCAGAGGAGAGAAAGAUACAUGAUAAUAUAUACUUGAAAAGUUUGGUGGCUUUGUCCUACGUCUGCACACUGCCAUAGCAUACCGAGAGGUACAGGAGGAAGUGCAGAAUAAACCCAAUGAAAAGCAUGGGUACAGUAAGAAAACUAUCAACAUCUGUGGCCCCAGACUAUUCAACAUCUUACCAGAAGAUAUCAGAAGCUGCUGGGACAAGUGUAGAAAUCUUCAAGAGGAAACUGGAUAAGUAUCUUCUCCAGAUCAAUCAGGCUGUGAUGGAUAUGUGGGUCAUCAGUGGGCCAUCAGCAGCAGCAGCCUGGCCCAAGGCUAGACUCUGGGGGCAGGGCAAUGGGGUUAGAAAAAGCUCUCUUGACUCGAUCAGAGGUACACUGGAUGGAGGGAGUAUUUGGGUUUACAUCGGGGAUCUGCCAAGAGUUUUCCAAUACAACUGCAGGAACAUUAAAAUGCCUUCUGGGCACUGUAAUGUUCCUGCAGUCUAACAACCCCUGAAUCUAACAUUGCGACACCCACUCUCAUCUCGUGUCGUGGGAUAGAGUAAAAUUUUUAUGUUAUGAAAGUAACAAAAUUAAAUGUAAAUAUCUUGAAUAAUCUAUCAUACUAAAACAACUGAACAAAACAGUUUAAUGAGUGCUUUAUCCAAACCCAUAGAUCACAAUGUAAUAGAACAAACCUAGCAUAGGCUGUUAGUCCUGCGACAGUGCUUCUCUGCUCAACCACUCAACAUAAAAUGCCUCGAACCUCUUACACUCAGCACCUGACUUCCCGGAUGCACUGUAUAAAUUAUAAGUUUGUCAUGUUUUAUGUACUUGACAAACCCAGUUUGUGGAAAUGCUGCACAAUAAACACCUCUGCUAUCAUUCUUGCCAUCCUGUUGAUGCUUGGCCUUUUGUGUAGACCUCAGAAAAACUUUCUGGCAGGAACAAAAUCCUGGUGCUGUGAAGGUAGAGGCAAAAAAAUGUAUUAGUGUUACAUGUCAGGCUCAAGCUCAAGUCUAAACCUUUGUUGCCUCAAACAAAUGGCUUAAAAGCUUACGUAACCCCAAGUAAAGUCAAGAGGUGUGAAUUUACAGAUUGAUUAAAUGUAAUGUGUAAAAUGCUGAAGUAACAACACACUGUCUCCUUAAAUGCCUAAAAAAAAAAAAAAAAAAAAAAAAAAAAAAAAAAAAAAUGGUAAACGGAGUGCCUCACAUACAGUAUACAGAAUAAUUCUAUUUGAGGAGGGCUUCAGUACAAAAGUAUAUUGUGAUUGAAAAUUUAUGUAAUUUAAUAUAAAUGUGAAAAUUUACAUGAAGGAUCUUUAUAUAAAUUUGAAUUAAAAAAAAAUCCCAUUUGAUUUAAAGAUGUUCCCAUUAACUGCUUCAUGCUUCAGGUAGUGUAGAUCUAAGUUAUUAAUGCUCCUUUCUAGUCUGAUGGGAAUCAAGUGAAGAUUUAAACACGCUGACGUGAUAACUAGAAAAUUGGGAAAAUCACUUGCAUACUUUGCUUUGUUAUUGUCUACCACACAUUAACCAUAUUCUUCCAUUUUAUAUGCAUAUCAGUAACAUUUCUGAUUUAACUAAUAAAAAGUACAAGUGAGUAUAA